GAUCCUGAUGGCAAGCCUCACCGCACAUCGGCACUGCGGCCGACGCAAGGCCGCCGCUGUCUUCGGGAGGCAGUCUGAAGUCGUCGCCUUUUGAGGCAGCUCUGUUCGUCACAUGUGCCAUCCCGGGCGCAAGAACAGAAUGACCCAUCGCAUAUGCGCCGUCAGAGGGCCUCCCAUCCGCUAUAAGAGUCGCAGCGGUCGAGCGCGCAAGCCUCUCUGUCGCCGUCGUCGCGCUGCCCUACUCCUCCGAGAUGCUCGCCGCGACGCGUUCUGCACGUUCUGCGCGGUUGGCGCCUAGGUCGUCUGUGUCUUGUCGCGUUGGUGCGCCGUCUGUAGCUGUCCUUGUGCGGCUGCGCGUAAGGUGCUAUAGUGCUGGUGGUACGCAGGCUGAACUGCCUGUCCCGAACAAGGCGAAAGUAUGGGACUCGGUUGACGAGGCGGUCAGAGAUGUCAAGUCGGGCGAUGUCCUGCUGAGCGGAGGCUUCGGUCUGUGCGGAACACCAGACACCCUGAUCGGUGCUCUGGCGAAGCGAAAGGAGGUGACGGACUUGACGGCAGUAUCCAAUAAUGCGGGCUCAGGAGAGAAUGGACUCGGAAAGCUGCUACACUCCGGACAAAUCGACAAGAUGAUGGCCUCGUAUAUCGGAGGGAACAAAUACUUUGAGUCCCUAUAUCUCGAGGGCAAGAUUUCGCUCGAGCUCAUCCCCCAAGGCUCGCUCGUCGGCCGGCUUAACGCCCACGCUGCGGGCAUCCCUAUGUUCUACACCCCGACCGGCGCGUCAACAGCGGUAGAGCACGGGACGAUACCGAUCCGCUACAAGCCGGGAGGUCUGAAGGAGGGUAUUGCGAUCCCUGGGAACAAGAAGGAGGCGAGGGUGAUCAAUGGGAGGCGCUUCGUGCUCGAGCCGGCGAUUGCGGCAGACGUUGCAUUCAUCAAGGCAUGGAAAGUGGACGAAGUCGGGAACUGUGUUUUCAGAUAUACGGCAAACAACUUCUCGGCAACAAUGGCGCGAAACGCGAAACUCACGAUCGUUGAGGCGGAGAACAUUGUACCGAUCGGCUCUCUCUCCCCUAAUGCCAUCCAUGUACCUGGUAUCUACAUCGACCGUAUCGUGAAGGCGACCGCACCAAAGCAAAUUGAGAUCAUGACCCUUGCGACGAACGGUCAGUCAGAGGACUCUCAGCCGCUCACCCCAGAGAAGAAGGUCGCACAGGAGCAGAGGCACCGGAUAGCAAGGCGCGCCGCAAAGGAGAUCAAGGACGGGUUCCACGUCAACCUGGGCAUCGGGAUGCCGACUCUUGUACCAGAGUUUCUAGAGAAGGGCGUGCGAGUGUGGUUGCAGAGCGAGAACGGCAUCCUGGGCAUGGGACCCUAUCCGACUAAGGAGCAGGUCGAUGCCGACAUAAUCAACGCCGGGAAAGAGACCGUUACGCUGCUGCCUGGUGCCUCGGUAUUCGACUCUAACGAAUCAUUCUCCAUGAUUCGAGGGGGCCAUAUCGAUGUUGCCAUCCUUGGAGCCAUGCAGGUGUCCCAGGCGGGUGACAUUGCCAACUUCAUGAUUCCUGGGAAGAUGGUCAAAGGCAUCGGAGGGGCUAUGGACCUUGUCUCUAACCCCGACAAGACGAAGGUCAUUGCCGUCAUGGAGCACUGCGCGCGCGAUGGAAGCCCGAAGAUCCUGAAGGAGUGCGCACUGCCGCUGACUGGGGCACGGGCAGUCAGCCAGAUCAUCACGGAGCUAGCGGUGUUUGACGUGGAUCGACACGCGGGCGAGCUGACGUUGACGGAGGUUGCGGAGGGGGUGACGGUGGACGAGGUGAAGGCGAAGACGGGGUGCGACUUCGCGGUGGCGAGUCACCUGGGGUCGAUGUAACUACUGUUCCUGCUUUGCCUGGAUACGAUGUUCUGUUUCGAUGUCCGCGACGCUGAAAGAACAUAUACCCCAUGGGGCAGGGGCGAUAGUGUUGUGCGGAGGCCGCUGGGUGGGCCAUGUUCGGCCGCGAGGGCGCAAUCCGGAGCGCCGGGAGCGAGGUCCGUCGGGCGAACCGAGGUGACGUCGUGACCCAAACGUGACGGCCGUGUGCUGGUUGGCUGCUCGCACCCGGCUUGAGUGGUUCCCUAGGCCGGUGCUCCGGCUCACGUCUGGAAUACGUUCUUGCACCUCUGUAUAUAAGUCUUCUCCGCAAU